AUGGCAGACCGAUAUGGAGGCUCGUAUCGCAACGGCGAUAGCAAUGGCUACGGCUCCUACGGAAGGCGGGCGCGGCCGCCACCCCAGGAAGGGGACUACGAAGCCAUGGGCGACGGCUACACCAACGAGCGAUACGGAACCCCUCCACAGCAGAUGACCCCCGGCAGACGACCGCCGCCUUCGCGCAAUGGCCCUGGCUAUGGGAGUGGCGGCGGCGGCAGCGGCGGCGGUGGCGGCAGUUAUGGCGGGUCAUCGGCAUCCUCCCGGCUACAGAGAGCACAGGAAUCCAGCGCCGAACGACGCAUCACCGAGGUGCUGGAGCGCGUCAAGAUGGACUGGCCCGCCAUGUGCGAGCCCGACUGCAUACCCGCAUCGCUGGCCCUUCAGCUCCUCGACAACAGCUCCGUCGGCAGAGCCCACGAAUACAGGAAGUUUCAGGAGAUGCACCAAUAUCUGCAAGACUCGUUGAAGGGCAUUGUGCACGAACACCACCAAGGUUUCAACAGCUCCAUUGGUACUUUCCACAAGAUUCAAGGAAGCAUACAGGCUUCGCAGAAGCGCGUCCGGUCCCUGAAAGAGUCCCUGGUGUCCUCUAGGUCUACUCUUGGCACGUCAGACCCGGAGCUUAAAAAGAUGUACAAGACUUCGCAGAUGUACGACGAAGUACUCCAAACACUCAACGAGCUAGAAGAUCUGAGAACAGUUCCUGAUCAGCUGGAAGCACGCAUAUCUGAGAAGCGCUUCCUGACGGCGGUUGAGGUUCUUCAAAAUGCCCUACGCAAGCUCAGGAAGCCGGAGCUCGAUGACAUCGGCGCGUUGAGCGACCUGAGGAGCUAUCUUGCCAACCAGGAGACAGCGCUCAUGGAUAUCCUGGUUGAGGAGCUGCACGAGCAUCUAUACCUCAAGUCACCAUACUGCCAGGAACGGUGGCAGAGCCUAUCCAAGAAUCACGGCGCCUUCAAUAACGAGAACUACGGAGAUCAGGCAGCUAUCACACCAUUCCAUUUUGUGCUGGACUCAAUGGAACCCGAGAAUCCAGUAGCCGAAGACCCUGCCAAGAAUCCAGAAGCAGACACUUUUUGGUAUGUCCAGCUUCUGGUCGAAUCUCUGAACAAACUUGGACGAUUGGAGGGUGCUGUUGAUACCUUGAAGCAACGGUUGCCUGUAGAGCUGUUCUCCAUAGUCAAUGAGACUAUUAACGAGGUAGAUCAGAGGCAUCCCAGCUCACUCCGGGGAGGCUCUACCAAUGCGGAGGGCCUACACAUCUACGGCAGCCGCGAAACGCAAAUGCGAGCCGAUGUUAUUUACGACCUUCUCUGGACCCUCUACGGCAAGUUUGAAGCGAUUGCGGAGGGCCACCGGGUCUUCCACGAAUCCAUCAAAGGGCUCAUUAAACGCGAAGGCGCGGGUAACAACAGCACGCUACUGGGUAGUUUCAAGGAGCUAUGGAACCUGUAUCAGAACGAGAUCCGGUCUCUCCUACACAACUACGUCACUACCGACGCUGAUGUGUAUCACUUCAAUUCAUCGCCAAGACUAGGCGGGACGCUCAACGGCAGCAAACAAGCUGGAAGGGACAACCUGUUCAAAUUUGUAGAGGCAGACUCAAAGUCGGUGGAAAUGACGACCGAAUACGAGGCACUGGAUGGUAUCAUACAAGCUGCGGUUCCUGGCCUCACAUCAGGUUCUUCAAAGUCCAAGGAUGCAGAUAAGAAAGCAGGAAGGGACUCGCGGAAGACCGCAAACAUCAGUGCAUUCGAAAACCGACAAGCUCCCGGAUCUUACAAAUCUCUGGUUGAGCCCAGCGUCUUCAACAUGAGCUUGCUGCUACCACCGACUCUAGUAUUUCUGCAAAGGCUCAAGGUCAUUGUGCCGCCUGGAUCGGAUCUAGCCGCGAGCACUCUCACGUCAUUCCUGGACAACUUCCUGGUCAAUGUCUUUCAGCCACAACUGGAUGAAACCUUGGCCAAAUUGAGCGACAACAUCUUCGCUGAGGUGGAUACCUUCCAGCAGGAUCCAGACUGGAACCUGGUAUCAAAGAGAGCCAUUUUCAAAGGGACCACGCAGUUCUUCACUGUGGUUACAGCCUUCUGCCGUAUGCUUGGCACAUUGCCACACGACCAAGCUCUCAGCUCUUUGAUCAUUUCACAGAUGAACCGAUAUUACGAGCGUUGCUUCGCCUGGUAUAAGUCACUGGUAGCUAAGGCCCAAGAGGGAGCCAAUGCGACACAGUCUCUGAGGUUUUCUGCCGAACUCUCCACCACUGAGGGAGACCUCCAGGAGACUAUCAAAAAACUGUGGACGUCUGAUAGUCUUGAUGCCGAGCUCAUAGAAAAGGAGGUCGGUCUAUUGAUCAUGCAGACCAAUGAGCAACCCUUGGGACCCAGCGACAUUAUUCAAGAUCGCGAUGUCAUUUCAUCGCUGUGCUUGCUAUACACUAGCAUGAAGUGGCUUUCUGUCAAGGUUGUCGGCCUGAGACACAUCACGCACCACAACACCGACUCAUCGCGACCUACUCUUCCUAAGAAUCAGAACCGCCGCUGGACGUUGUUAGACCACGCCAACAAGGCGAUUGGUGAGGCAGACGGCCCUGUGUAUCUACCUAUGACACAGGAGACAGUCCAAUCUUUUGAUAGCAUCGUUUCCGCUUAUGAGGAACUGGCUGGCACGGUACUCCUGACCCUGCACAUGGAGAUCCGUUGCCGCAUAGUCUACUCUCUGGCGGCCUGUCUCUCCCCAGCGACCGCACCGUAUGUGCUACCCCUUGAUCAGACAAUCGAGGAGCCAGACCAAGAGAUCCUCUCGCUCAAUGCUGAGCUCGUCGCGUACGACGAGACCACGGUACGCUUCCUGCGUGAGCCAGAGAUCGGCUUCAUGCGCACCGGCCUCAGCCUGCUCAUCAACAGCUAUCUCGUCAGCAACGCGCUGCAGACCCAGCCCAUGAACGCCAGCGGCUGCCAGCGCAUGAAGCUCAACAUCCUGGUCCUGCAGCAGAACCUCAAGAAUAUCGAAGCUGGCGUGGACCUCGCCCGCGCCGCCAACUACUACGACCUCUUCGAGGCCGGCCCCGACGGCAUUGUGGAGAGGGCCAAGGCCGACAAGGACCGGGAGGCUGUACCAGAGGCCGAGAGGUUCACCUAUGACGAGCUCAGGGCCCUCGUGGAGCUGUGCUACAGCGAGCAGCUGGCGAACCCGGAGCGCGGCAUCGCUGCGGCGGCCAAGAGGCAGAUGGGCGAGAAGACGCUGGCGUUGAGCGAGUAUAUGUGGCAGAGUUAG